AGCAUCCAUAAUUUUAGACAAAAGGUCUAACCAUUAAAAAAACAAACAAUUCGCUCAACACAAAGAAAAGAGAAAGGAAGCGUCCACCUUCAUUUCAUUAUUUCAUAUCAUUUCAAAUCCUUUCUUUCUUUAUAUUUAAAAAGUCAACUCUCCUCUUUGCUUCUUCUUUCGACUUCUCUCCUCCAACCACUCCUUUCUUCUUUCUCUCUCCACUCUUCUCCAUUUUUCGUUAACUUCACAUAUCUGCCAAAUCCACUCAAAUUUCUACCUUAAUUCAAUAUUUCUUCAUUUUUCUUCCGAUAUGAGAAUCGAGCUAUAACAAAUUUCCAUUUUUCUUUCCAAAAUCCUUCAAAAAAAUUUCAAUUUGUUUGCUCAUUUGUAAAAUUUAACUGAUAAAAAUGGGUAAUGGAAUCGGGAAAAUCGGAAUAUGUUUCACGGGCUCAAGCCAGGAUCGCCAGUCUAAUAAGCAUGAACUUGGUAUGUACGUGGACCAAUACGAUGAAGGAUUAGGUCAUUCUUUCUGCUACGUUCGACCCGACCCAGCCCGUUUUUCUAAUCCCACUUCGUCGAAGAUCCAUUCAGAGGAAUCCGCUGCCGGAGUUUCAAUUUUCCGGUCAAUAUCUGGAGCAUCUGUUUCGGCGAACACUUCAACGCCGUUAUCAACAACUUUCUCGACGGACCUUACUGCCACGUCAGCAACCACCGCUUUUUUUGAAAGUUCUACUUCGUUUGCUUCGGUCCCACUUCAGCCCAUCCCCCGUGGAUCAUCCAUCAAUUCAGGCCCUCUUUCAGGCCCAAUUAGUAUCGAUCGUGGGUUUAUGUCUGGACCCCUUGAACGAGGCGGGUUUUUAUCCGGGCCACUUGAUCGAGCUGGUCCCGCCCUCUUCUCCGGUCCUCUUGACCGGAGUUUAUCAGUACAAGGAAAUUGGCCCGGGCUUGGUCUUGGGUUCGGGCUAAAGCCAAAGAAGAAACCCGGGUCUUUGAUACGUGGUCUUAAACAUGCGAUCUCGAAAAGUUUUAGUCAAAACUCAGUUGCUCCUGCUAAAGUUAAUGCCUCUGUCGGGCAGGAUAAUUGGGUUGUUGGUGGGCCUACUUCCGGGACAGGGCUUGGACCCGAUGGAAGUGGUAGUUUGAAUACGAGUUCUGAUAUGAGCAUAGAUGAGAGUGAUAAUUCAUGGGAAAAUCAAAAUCUCCAAUGGGCACAAGGAAAAGCAGGGGAAGAUCGAGUACAUGUGAUUGUAUCCGAAGAACGUGGGUGGGUUUUUGUUGGUAUUUAUGAUGGAUUCAACGGCCCAGAUGCAACUGACUUUUUACUAUCCAAUUUAUACACAAACGUUCAAAAAGAACUUAAAGGUUUAUUAUGGGAUGAUAAUAGUAAGUUUGAUUCAUCAUCUUCUUCAUCAACUUUACCAAAUAAUAGUUCAUCUUCUGAAACUAGUAGUAGUAAUAGUAAUAGUAGUAGAAGUAGUAUAGAUAUUGAAAGCUAUGAAUAUAAUGGUGAAAGUAGUAGUAUAAAUGUUGUGGAUUCAACUCUUAAUUGUGGCAAAAAAGGAAGGAAUUCAUCAAAGAGUAAAUUUAAAAGUGCAACAAAGAAAUGGGAAGAAAAUCAAAGGAGAUGGAAGUGUGAAUGGGAUAGAGAAAGAAUAGAACUUGAUAGAAGAUUAAAAGAGCAAUGGAAUAGUAGAAAUGAUUUAGAGGGUAGAAGUAGUACUAAUACUCAUUCAGAUGUUUUGAAGGCAUUAUCUAUUGCGUUGAAAAAGACAGAGGAUUCAUAUUUAGAUAUUGCUGAUAAGAUGAUGGAUGAAAAUCCUGAGUUAGCUUUGAUGGGUUCUUGUGUUCUUGGUAUGUUAAUGAAAGGUGAGGAUGUUUAUUUGAUGAAUGUUGGUGAUAGUAGAGCUGUUUUGGCUCAAAAUAAAGAGACUGAUAUUAGAAUUGGUAAAGUUGAUCAAGAUUUGGAAAGGAUCAAUGAGGAAUCUAUGUUCGAUUUCGAAGUCCCCGAUGGUGUCAAACCUAGUCUUACAACUUUGCAACUUACAGUGGAUCAUAGUACUUGUGAUGAAGAGGAAGUGCAAAGAAUUUGGGAAGAACACCCAGAUGAUGCAUUUGCUAUCGUUAAUGAUCGUGUUAAAGGUUCAUUGAAGGUCACACGAGCGUUUGGUGCUGGUUUUCUCAAACAGCCUAAAUGGAAUAAUGCACUGUUAGAGAUGUUCAGCAUCGACUACGUGGGGACUUCACCAUAUAUCAGUUGCCAACCGUUUCUUUAUCACCAUAGAUUAGGUCCGAAGGAUCAGUUCUUAAUAUUAUCCUCUGACGGUUUAUAUCAGUACUUCACAAACGAGGAAGUAGUUGCCGAAGUGGAGCUCUUCAUCUCAGUGUACCCAGAAGGUGAUCCGGCUCAACAUCUGGUUGAGGAAGUCUUAUUUCGUGCAGCUAAGAAAGCUGGAAUGGAUUUCCAUGAGUUGCUAGAAAUACCACAAGGUGAUCGUCGUAGGUAUCAUGACGAUGUAUCGAUCAUUAUCAUAUCGUUCGAAGGCAGGAUAUGGAGAUCAUGUGUAUAAGAUUUUACAAAUGUUACAUUUACAUAACAGCCCUGUAAAUGGUAAGUUAUGGCAUUGAUAUUUGAUAGGGUGAAGAUAGGAAAUGUAUAGAUUAGACAUAAAAAGAGGUAGUUAUAUGCUAAGGGAAGUCAUUGUCUUCAUAAUUAUGAAAAGAAAAGUUGUAGUUGCUCAAUAAAUUUCGUCCAAAUAUAUAAAAAGUUUGGUAAUUAUCUUGACCAAUAUACUUGUAUUUAUAUUGAUCUUUUUUGGUUGAGUGGAAGCAUUAUAUAUAUACAAUUAAAAA